AUGGCCAAGGCACGUGUUAAGAAGCGCACCCACUUGAAGCCGCAAAAUGCUUCAUCUGCGGCCAAUAAGGCCGGUGCGGCUUCUAUGAACAAGACGCCCAAGUCUAUGGUCAUUCGAGUUGGCGCUUCUCAAGUCGGUAGCAGUGUGACCCAGUUGGUGAAGGAUGUUCGUCAGAUGAUGGAGCCUGAUACCGCUGUUAGACUGAAGGAACGUAAAUCUAACCGACUGCGCGAUUAUACCGUGAUGGCUGGUCCCCUCGGUGUCACACAUCUUAUGUUGUUCUCCAAGUCUAAGACCGGUAAUACAAAUAUGCGUCUUGCUGUCACACCUCGGGGCCCAACUAUGCACUUUCAAGUUGAGAACUAUUCUCUUUGCCGAGAUGUUGAGCGGUCAUUGAAGCGCCCAAGAAGCGGUGGUCAAGACCACAAAACACCACCGCUGCUGGUGAUGAACAACUUCAACACUCCAGAUGCUACAGAGAAUGAUAAAGUGCCGAAACGCCUCGAGACCCUCACUACCACAAUCUUCCAAUCCCUCUUCCCUCCCAUCAACCCCCAAGCUACUCCUCUGUCCUCUAUUCGCCGCGUCAUGCUGCUUAACCGAGAGCCUUCUGAUCCCAAGGAUAAGGAUGCGUACGUCCUGAGUCUACGACACUACGCUAUCGCCACUAAGAAGACGGGUGUGUCAAAACGGAUUCGCCGUCUGGACCCGAAGGAGAUUCGUAACAGAGAUCGAACGGGUGCUGCUGUCCCUAACUUGGGUAGAUUGGAGGACGCGGCAGACUAUCUCCUUGAUCCCUCCGCGGCUGGAUAUACAUCCGCAAGUGAGACGGAGCUGGACACCGACGCCGAGGUGGAGAUGGCUGAGACCACAACCCGUAAGGUUCUCAACAAGCGGGAAGCGCAACGCCAGAGAGCCGGAGACAAAAAGAUUGAGAAGGCUGCUGCCGCUGCUGCUGGUGUGGAGAAGCGAGCAGUCAAAUUGGUCGAAUUGGGUCCCCGGUUGAAGCUUCGACUGAUGAAGGUCGAAGAUGGUGUCUGUGAGGGUGAGGUGAUGUGGCAUCACUAUGUCACCAAAUCUCAGGCGGAAAUCAGAUCAAUGGAUAAGCGCUGGGAAGCCCGGAGAAAACAAAAGGAGCAGAGGAAGAAGGAACAGAAGGCCAACGUUGAGCGAAAGAAGAAGGACAAGGCUAAGGCUAAGGCCAAUGGCGAAGAGGUGGAUGAGGAUGAGGAUAUGGAUGACGGUGAAUGGCUCAGUGAUGAAUUUGACGAUGGCGAGGAGCCAGCAGGGGAUUCGGAUGAUUCUAUGGAGUAA